UGUUUGCAGUGCUGCUUUUACGGUGGUCGUGUGAGCUGGGAGUAGUAUUCUCAGGUGAACUCGUUGAAAACUUACAGAAGAUCUUCCCGCACCUGGUAACUACAACCCUCCUGAUGAAUAAAGGUUGCAGCUGUAAUACUAGUCAGUUCGUACAUGGUAAAAGCCCUCCAGAAACUUCCUGUUAUGUUGAUAGCUGCUGUCAAAAUACACUAAGUCCUCGUCCUCCUGCAAGUGAAGAAUGUUGUCGGAACAUUACAAGAUCAACUCCUUGUGAAUGUGAGAGUAGCUGUCAGAAUAAUAAUGUUACUCAAGAUUCGUCCGGCAGACUAACAUUCCUUGGCCGUGUUGCAUAUAUGCCCAGUGAGUCGGACAUUAGAGAUUAUCAUUUUAUUUAUCUUGGACCCAGUGGACCAACAGUGAACAGUCUAUUGAUGAGAUUUUCUGAAAAUACAUUUUAUUGUGUUAGUUCGGAUGAUGGAUCAGUAGAAAUCACCUCUGGUGUUCAUAUAGUCAUGAAGCGCAGUGCUAAUUUAGAAAAAGCUAAAGACGCUAAAAUUAUUGGAAUAUUAGUAGGUACUCUAGGAGUUGCUGACUGUCAACAUGUAAUAUCAAAACUGAAAAGUAUCAUCAAAGCAGCAGGCAAGCGAAGUUAUACCUUCGUUGUUGGUAAACCUAACGAACCCAAAUUAGCCAAUAUCUCCGAGGUAGACACCUUCGUGUACGUGGCAUGCCCCGAGACGUCAAUUAUUGAACGCAACACAGAUCCAGUACUUUAUAAGAAGCUUAUUACUCCUUGGGAGCUGGAAGUGGCAUUACUGCCGAGGCAAGAGUGGAGUCUUGCCUUUGAGACGGAUUUCAGGCAACUGCUUCCAGGAGGGUCACGGUACAUUGAGGUCGCCAGUGAACCAAGAGAAGAGGAGGUUAAUGUUUCCUUGAUAACCUGCAAAACUCAGGCUCUGGGUGUCAGAGACACUACAGAUGUAGUAUUAGACAGCAGUACAGGUGGUGUUGUGCUGCAAGAUGGACACACAAUUGCAGCCGUACAUGUAGGUGGUGGAGGACAGGUCCUAAAGGGUCGAACAUGGCAGGGUCUUGACCCAGCUCAUCCCUCUUGUGGUGCUAUUGAUUCUGUAGCUGUGGGUCGCAGUGGUAUAGCUUCUUUGUAUAAGGAUGAGAACCCUGUGAGUCAGUAAAACUGGCAGCUCAUAUAUUACUGACAUUACAACAUAUUCUUAAUGUUCAAAGACCCAGGCUGGGCUUGGGGAGAAGAAAAACUUCCGGAACCAAUUCUAGGUAAACUGCGGGUACCCGAUGUGCUUGUGAUGUGCUCAACAUUUAAUAUUACACUCCACAGCCUCAGUGCAACAUAUUAAAGCACAGAUCACUUAGAGGUAUGUAAUACCUGUAUUGGAAAUAUGAAUAUGAAACAGCUGACUUUUCCACAAAAUAAAAAAUGUUGUAUAAUAAAUGAAUUAAACCAAAAA